UGGCGCGAUGGCCUUGACCUCCCCACUGUUUUAACAAGUUCUUGCACAGUCGACGAUUGCUCACCAAAACACAAUGUUAUUUUGUUGACAACAAUGGAAUACACGUGAGAAUGGCAUCUGGUGGAAAACAAGAAAGUAGACGACUAGAGGACUCCACAAUGGAGAGCCUAGCUGAAGUAUUUAGAUGCUUCAUUUGCAUGGAAAAGUUGAGAGAUGCUCGCCUGUGUCCACAUUGUUCUAAACUCUGCUGCUUUUUGUGUAUAAGGAGAUGGUUAACAGAACAAAGAUCACAAUGUCCACACUGCAGAGCAUCUCUUCAUAUCCAUGAGCUUGUGAACUGUCGCUGGGCAGAAGAAGUAACUAACCAGCUUGAUACACUCAAAGACUGUGCUCCAACUCCAAAGAAAGAGGACUCUGAUAAAGACAAGUGUGAAGACCACCAGGAGAAGCUGAGCGUGUAUUGCUGGACCUGUAAACAAUGUAUCUGUCACCAGUGUGCUCUCUGGGGAGGAACGCACUCUGGUCAUACCUUCAAGCCUCUGGAUGAUGUUUAUAAUGAGCACAUGAAGAAAAUCACAGAGGAACUGAAUCAAUUGAAACGUCGCCAUGUAGAACUCAUCAGUCUGGUACAAGAUGUGGAACGCAACAUAGAGGGUGUAAAAACUGCUAAAGAUGAACGAGUUCGAGAAAUCAGGAAUGCCGUAGAAUUGAUGAUUGCAAGGCUAGAAACCCAACUCAAGUCCAAACUCCUUACUUUGAUGGGACAGAGAGGUCAGGUGACCCAAGACACAGAGAAAUUGGAGAACCUUAUUCAGAAGAUGAACCAGAAACUGGUAAACAGUGGCAAAAAUGAACUGAUCAGCCAGAGUACUGAACUCCUACAGAUGUUCAAACAGUUUCACUGUAAACCAAUGGCUUCCUUUGUCACUGCCCCCGUGCCUGCAGAUUUUACUAGUGAAAUUGUACCUCAGUAUGACACUAGUACAUUUGUGAUGAAGAACUUCAGUGUGUUACAACAGAGGGCAGAUCCAGUGUACAGUCAGCCAUUACAUGUAUCAGGCCUCAGCUGGAGACUCAAAGUCUAUCCUGAUGGCAACGGAGUUGUGAGAGGAAAUUACCUAUCAGUAUUUCUAGAAUUGUCGGUUGGACUCUCUGAAAAUUCCAAAUAUGAGUAUAGAGUGGAGAUGGUUCAUCAGGCCUCAAGAGACUACACAAAAAACAUUGUCCGAGAAUUUGCCUCAGACUUUGAGGUGGGGGAGUGCUGGGGGUACAACAGAUUCUUUCGUCUAGACCUACUGGCCAGUGAAGGCUAUCUAGACACUGACACCGACACAUUGAUUCUGAGGUUCCAGGUUCGACCUCCGACAUUUUACCAGAAGUGUCGAGACCAACAGUGGUAUAUAAAUCAGCUGGAGUCAACUCAUACUCAACUGAUCAACCAGAUCACUGAUCUCAAAGAGAGAUUGCUCUUGCUUGAAAUGUCCAGAAACAAGGGAUCGGGCAAGAAGGGUGGAGCAACAGUUGAAUCUCCGCUUCCCCUUAUAGACCCCCAGAGUGGAGGUGACGGAAAUCUUACCCAGCAUUCCAUUCUGUAUCCUAAACCUAUCCAUCCAAACUCAGGCUCCGAGAUCGAGAUUGAGUUGUGUGAAGAAGACCACACAACCAAAGAUGAUAGCUCUACUUCUGACUCAAUGGAUGAAAUCAGCCAGUAUGACAUCGAGGACUGUGAACAUGGAACAACGGAAAACAAUGAUGAAAACGACAUUGAUGAAGAGACUAUGUCUGUUGACAAUGAUGUGGAAAAUAAUUGGGAGGAGAACAACUUGGACAGGUUGGGUGCACAUUGUUACACCCCCACUAUCCCCAACAUUACAGACAGCAGUGUUGUAGAUGAUGAAGCAGUACUAAUGCAGUUUCUGCAAGAACAUUCAAAAUAUGACAAAGCCUGGAAUGUGGAAAAUGAUGCUUCAGAUGAUGGACUGAAUUCUGAUUGGUUGGAUAGUGUCCUUAAAUUCACUAAAUCCGCUAGCAGUAACUCGAACAGCAGCAAAGAUUCCAAGGACAAAGACAUCAUAAAGGACUCUGCCACUAAGCCUAAGCCCCCUGCCAACAAACCUGCCAUCCCUGCCAAGCCUGCCACUGCCUCCAAACCCCCGCCCCCCUCCACAGACUACAUGCUUGAACACAUACAUCAGAGGUUCAGUGAAUUGGCAGCUUCUACUCUGGCUGCUGCCAAUGCAGCAGUUACUAGUGAGACUGAGGCUAGGGCCAUGGUGAAGUGUGACAGUAAAGAUAAGAAAGAAAGAACACAAGUACCGUCUCUGGAUUUAUCUUCAAAUGAAAAAGGAAGCAAACUGAAAGUAGAAAAGGAAAAGAAAAUUACAAACACAUGUUUAUCAUCAUUGGAUUUGGAUGGAGUUCUUGACCUGACCAGCGCGUCUUUGGAACAGGAAACUCUGUCAGACAUAUCAUUAGAUGACAUUCCAUCUCCACAAUGUUUCCAGUCCCAGCAGCUACCAGUAGCCAUUCCACACAGUCCACCUAAUCAAGGAGGAAGCAGAAAGAAAAGAAUGGUGAUCACUAAAAACAAGGUUUCAUCGGUGGUGUCUGGAUCUCAGAAAGACCAAGGACUGCCAUGGGCACUUAAUUUUGUAAAGAAAGCGAGUAAACCUGACCAGGCCAAGGAAACGAAAGAUAAUAAUGUGUCAACAGUCUCUGUAGGACUGUCUUCGGUUGUUAUGGAUAACCAUGAUAACAGAAAAGACAACACACAGUUGCCUAGUAACAGUCCUGAAGGAGCCAGCAGUGAUCACAAUUCUUCAUCUGAUUCCACGAAUUCCAGUUCUGGUCCACUGGUCGAAUUCAGCUCACAAACAGUUGCCAAAGAAUCUAGAUCAGAAAGUGGCGAUGAUGCAUCUGUAGUCUAACAGUGCAGACCCAAUCCUUGUCACGAUCGAUUCCUGUGAAAGAAUUCAUAUUCACACAAAAAAAAGACAUUAGAACAAAUAAAUCAUUGAUUUACAGUGGCAUGAUGGAAAAGUCACUACAUUUUACCAUAACCACACUUCAUUGAUGUUAAGCCUGUAAUCUAUGAAACAUAGAACAUAACAGUGUCAUUCUAGAGAAUUUGUCUAGUCAUGAAGACCGCAUCAGGAAACAUUGCCAUGCCGUUUUACGUGUAUGUUGUAUGUCUUAAAAAUCUAUUUAGUGUGUUAUUUAAUUUUCAUUUGCUAUUUUGCAAAGCAUUCUUGAUGUUGCCAAGUUUUUGCUGUAAAGAUGAGUACAUUUUAACAUCCACAAUGAAGAUUUGGAGAACCAGUAUUGGAUAAUGGAACAGGUUUAAAAUUUUGUCGUAAUACUGUAUGCAAAUUUAUUUUCACUGUAUUUAGGGAUCAAUCAUUUGGGAAAUAAAAUUUGUGAAUUUAAAAUGAAGUGAUAACAAUGCAUGGCAUACUUAUUUUAGUGUACUCAAAAGUUCAGUUGUAAGUCUGGUUGUUUUGAAGUCCUAUCAGUGUUGCAUUACAUCAGUAUUUAUAUGUUGCAUUCAAAAUCACAUAUCAGUGCAGAAAGUGUAACAGUAUACGUAUGUCUAGAUACUUCUGCUGUUGUGCAGUACAGAUCUGAAAAAUGCAUUUUAAAUUCUUUUUGUCUGCCCUCGUGAUCUCUUAGAAACUAGUUUUAUUACCUAUGGUCUUAGUUAUUGUCAGAUGUGUUUUUGACACUCUAGUUUGCUUUUAAACAUUAUUAAUUUGAACAUGAAGAGAUAUUUUCAUUGAAUUGUCAUUAUGGGGAAUCAGUAGGACUUAAUUUUUUUUUUCAUGUUUACAUAAUCAAAUUAUAAAUUGUAGUUUGUUUAGGUUUGCUUCACAAUGAAACCAUUCCUUAAGGUGACAGUUUGAUGACCUUUCCACACUCCAUGUUGCUUAGAACUAUUUUAAGAUUGAGGUCGUGGCUUUUAAAAUAUUGUAGAGGCCAAGAAAGUGUUAUAUUUUUUUUUAUAUGAAUAAAACGGACUCUACUUGUCUGUUCUAAUACAUGGACUUCUUUAUUACUGAUUAUGAGUAGUGAAUGUUUGUGUGUUUUACAAAUGUGUUUAAUUGUAUUGCAAAAAAACAAAAAGGUUUUGUUUGUAUUUGUUUUGCUAAUUAAAGAAAAUUGACACUUCU